ACCACAAUGCCUGGGUCUCUUCCAGCGAACAUCGAGUACCGUUGGCCCAAAGAUGUGGGAGUUGUUGCACUGGAGAUAUAUUUCCCCUCUCAGUAUGUUGACCAGACAGAGCUUGAGAAGUAUGAUGGUGUGGAUGCUGGGAAGUACACCAUUGGGCUAGGCCAGGCAAGAAUGGGCUUCUGCUCCGACCGGGAGGAUAUCAAUUCUCUCUGCCUGACUGUGGUUCAGAAGCUGAUGGAGAGGAACAGCCUUUCCUAUGAUUGCAUCGGGAGACUGGAGGUUGGAACGGAGACGAUAAUUGAUAAAUCCAAAUCUGUAAAGACUGUUCUGAUGCAGCUCUUCGAAGAAUCUGGUAAUACAGAUGUAGAAGGCAUUGACACCACCAAUGCGUGCUAUGGAGGCACCGCUGCUCUUUUUAAUGCCAUUAAUUGGAUUGAGUCCAGUUCUUGGGAUGGACGCUACGCACUUGUGGUUGCUGGAGACAUAGCUGUGUAUGCCACUGGAAAUGCCAGGCCAACAGGUGGAGCUGGUGCUGUUGCUAUGCUGGUUGGUCCAAAUGCUCCGUUAAUUUUUGAGAGAGGGUUGCGUGGAACCCACAUGCAGCAUGCGUAUGACUUCUAUAAGCCAGAUAUGGUCUCUGAAUAUCCUGUAGUUGAUGGCAAACUCUCUAUACAGUGCUACCUCAGUGCAUUAGAUCGCUGCUAUACUGUUUAUCGCAACAAAAUCCAUGCCCAGUGGCAAAAAGAGGGGAUAGACAGACGUUUCACCUUGAAUGACUUUGGAUUCAUGAUCUUUCAUUCUCCCUACUGUAAACUGGUGCAGAAAUCUGUGGCUAGACUCUUGCUGAAUGACUUUCUCAGUGACCAGAACCCGGAAACGGCAGAUGGUGUUUUCAGUGGGCUGGAGGCUUUCAGGGAUGUAAAACUUGAAGAUACAUAUUUUGACAGAGAUGUGGAAAAAGCUUUCAUGAAAGCCAGCACAGAGCUUUUCAAUCAGAAAACCAAAGCUUCGUUACUUGUGUCCAAUCAGAAUGGAAACAUGUACACCCCUUCAGUCUAUGGUUGCCUUGCCUCUCUUCUAGCCCAGUACUCCCCAGAGCAGCUCGCAGGACAGAGAAUCAGUGUGUUCUCAUAUGGCUCUGGUUUUGCUGCUACGCUGUAUUCCAUCAGAGUUACGCAGGAUGCCACUCCUGGUUCUGCUCUGGACAAGAUAACUGCCAGUCUGUCCGAUCUCAAAACACGACUUGACUCAAGAAAAUGUAUUGCACCGGAUGUCUUUGCUGAAAAUAUGAAGAUUAGACAGGAAACACAUCAUUUGGCCAACUAUAUUCCGCAGUGCUCAGUAGAAGAUCUCUUCGAGGGAACUUGGUACCUUGUGCGUGUGGAUGAAAAGCACAGGAGAACAUACGCGCGGCGCCCGCUCAUGGGUGAUGGACCGCUGGAGGCAGGCGUUGAAGUCGUCCACCCAGGCGUUGUUCAUGAGCACAUCCCAAGCCCUGCUAAGAAAGUGCCAAGAAUCCCUGCAACAACAGAAUCUGAAGGCGUUACUGUUGCCAUUUCCAAUGGGGAGCAUUAAGAUACCUCUGUGAGGUGGGGAAUGAAACAAGGUGUGAGGGUAGGGUGAGAGAGGGAGAGGUUUGCAGUAGUGCUGAAGGUUCAGUGCACAGUAGUACUUCAUUGGAGAAUGGAAAACUGUUAAAGCUCCUUGAAAAGAUUUGUCAUAAUAUGGCGUGCUGAUGUUUAUUGUAUUUUCAAGACACUAAAUUCAUGAAUAUACUGGGGAUGGAGGGACUUGCCGGAGGCUGUGUGGAUUCAUUAACAUGUCUGAUUAGUUUUUUUAAUUGCUGAGUAGUAGCUGUAGUCCAUUACAAGGUCUUUGUACAUAGAAAAAAA